CGCGCGCGACGUGUCUGUCCUUCUGCCAUUUGGAGUGUGACUCAGCGGAAGCUGGACCAACUCGAUUCCGCCGCAGUCAUAGGUGAUCUCCGCGUACCUCCCGGCAAUCGACUGGAGCGACUGGCCGGGGACCGAAGCGGGCAACACAGCAUUCGCGUCAACGACAAGUAUCGCAUCUGCUUCGUCUGGACCGAAACUGGUCCCGUAGAAGUCGAAAUAACCGACUAUCAUUGA